GUGGCGGCUUUCCUGUUCUGCAUGCAUUUCGCAGUGCUCCCUCCCGUUCUCAACGGCCUGACGCACCCCGGCGGGCCCGGGCCGCGGCAGGCCUCCCGGGAGGCCGCCGACGCGCUGGCCCGGUGGGCGUUCCGCGGCACGGCAGGCCUCAACAUCGUGUUCGCUCUGUUGGGCGCCCCGCUCUCGAGGCAGCUGACCCUGGCCAGCACGGAGGCCGCGCCGGCGCCGGUGCCCGCGUGGCUGCCGCGCCUGGCGAGGGCCGCGCUGGGCGCCGGGGGCGUGGCCCUCUGCCCGAGCGUGCUCGCGCCCGCCGUGGAGAUGAGCAGGCUGGCGCUGCCGCGCUUGCCGCGCUGCGCGGCGUGCGCGGUGGCCUGCUGCACCGCCGCGGUGUGGGCGCGGGCCGGCGGCCUCGAAGAGGUGACCGCGCUCGUGGGCAGCACCGUGCAGUGCCUCCUGGCCCUCGUGGUGCCCGCCUCGCUGGCCCUGUGGACCAUGCCGUGGCAGACCGCGCGGCGCCCCUGGCAGACCACCCGCAGGGUGGGGUUCAUCCUGGCCGGCGUCGCGAUGGUGGCCGCCUCCGUGUACGCGCUGAGCCGGCCCCUGUUCCACCGCGGGUGA